GUCUCAGUCGUGAGCGGGUGGCCGUCACUCGAGGCGCGAGUCAGUGCAGUCCCUUGAGAUCGUUACAUGUAUGUUGUGAACACCCGGUUACAGGGCAUAAUAGAUGCACAAAAGAAUGAGAGCCAGAUGAAAGAAGCUGGUGAAUCUGAUUAUAAAACAUAAAAUAUGUAUGUGCCGUUCAUUAGGAAAGGCAAGAGAGUCAAUGAGAGGAGUGCUGUCACCUCGCCUUCACAACACGCCUUCACGAUGAAGUUCUGGUUCUUGCUGACCGUGGCGCUGGCCAGCAUCCUGAUGCUCUUUCACCUGCACGUCAUCAACCGCCACACGCGCGAGGCCUUCCCGUUCUCGACGUCACGCGACACAUGGAGUCACGAUUUGACGUCACACAGGUCACGUCGGACCGCACCUCCCUUACAGUCAGGCACGAACAGCGUGACCUGGCGCGAGGAGCAAUCGAAGGGGGACCAGGAAACCCACCACGUGUUCUUCCUGAAGGUGCACAAGGCGGCCAGCACCACGGUCCUGGGGGUCAUGCUCCGCUUCGCGCUGUCGCGACAGUUGGCCGUCAUGCUGCCCAAGCGAGGCAACGUCCUGGCCGAGGACACCAAGUUCUUUCACCAGAACGUUCUGCGCCUGCCGGAAGGGCGGUCUCACUACGAUAUGCUGUGCAACCACCUGGUCUUCGAAGAGAGGCUCAUCCGAAGAACCUUCCUGCACCCCGACGCCAAGUUUUUGGCCAUCGUUCGCCACCCGUUCGAUCAGUUCAUCUCCGCCUUUCAGUAUUACCGCAAGGUGUACUCAGUUCCUUACCUGACCAAGAUUCCCGGCAGAAAUCCUAUAGCGACGUAUUUGAAAAACCCAGACAAGUGGGAACCCAUUAAUCCCUUAACCUCAUAUACAAACAACAGGAUGAGUUUUGAUUUUGGCAUGAAACACCGUUAUGUCUCGAACGAAACGUACGUUGAUAAGUACGUUGAGUAUCUGGAAAAUACUUUCGACUUGGUGCUCGUGGUUGAAAUGUUCGAUGAGUCAAUGAUCCUCAUGAAACGGCUCUUGGGCUGGCGACUCCAGGACAUCCUGUACAUCAAAAGCAACAGGAUGCACGAUAAACAAGAAUACUUCUUCACCAACCAGGAUCGAAAAAUUCAUCGGAAGUUACGAACCGCGGAUUACACUCUCUACAAUCAUUUCUAUAAGGUGCUGAGGAUGAAGAUCUCAGCCGCAGGUCCUGGUUUCUUCGAGGAGGUAAUGCAUUUCAGGAACAUUCAGCAGAAUGUGGAGAAGUUCUGCCUGGAGCCCAAGAAGAGUUUGUCGUUGUUCGUCAACUCCUCGUCGUGGAACGAGGCAUUUCACGUCAGUUACUUGGACUGCGUGCUGUUCAAAAUGGAGGAAGUAGAACUAGUUGAUGUUGCUCGCAGAAAGCUGGGACCCUUGGACGGAUGGCCGGAGCUGUCGUCUUUUAAUGCUCUUUUCUUUUAGUGUUGAUACCAGAGAGUUAAAUCCUUUAAUAAACUGAGUUUUUAAACUAGCAUGAUCAUCAAAGGUGCCUGUGUGUUGAUGGAACUCUAGGAAUAACAACAAAAAGUUGGACAAUUUGUAGAAGCCCUUUAAAGCAGGAAGUUUCUUGUUUAUCCGUUUGUUUUUAUUUUAAAGACCAACUCGCGCUUUUUUACUGAUAAUAGAUAUUGCGACACAAACUAAACUGUAAAUUUUUAUCCUCUAAAACCUCUCUGUUCAUUAAUUAUCCAGCAACAAAGAAGGCUAUUUGCAGCUGCGGUCAACGAGCGCCGCCAGCAGUAUACUACGUCACGCUAGUACACCAAUCACAACAUUGCCAGCAGUCAACACCAAAGAGAGAGAGUGAGAGAAAGAGUGAGGGAGGGUUCAUUUAUCAUGCUAUAGUAGAAGUUUUUCAGGGCCGGAGGAAACUGCACAAAUAAACAAAUAAAACCGUAGUUGUUCGAGCCUGACGUAGUAGACUGCUCGCGGCGCUCGUUGAUCGGGUGCGAAUCACGUACUUUGUUACCGGAUAAUUAAUUUACAGACGGGUUUAGAGGCUGGAAUGUACAAGUUAGUUUUAUGUACCCUAUAUCUGUCCAUAUUUGCGAAAACGCAAACCCUUAGGGUUGCUUUUAAAGACUACUACUACUACUAACAAUAAUAUAUUUUCCAGAACACAGUAUUAAAAACAAAGAGACAUAUUGUAAGCAAACUACGGUACCGUGAGCAGUAUAUGGUGAGACGGAGGGGAGAGUGAAGAGACAGAGGGAAGAUGACUGGAGAAACUGUGGUGGUGUAUUACUACAGCGUUGUUUGACUGAAAUGUUGUAUUGCUGUUUAUUUGCAACAAGGCAUGAGCUGUAGUUCAUUAAUCUGUCAUAUGACAAAAGUCUUGACAUGAUUCUCGGCGAAGUUGUGUUUAAUGUUUUUUCAGCGUCUGUGAAAAGGAAUAAUAUCCUAGUGGACAGGGAACUGGCAUCCAAACCCUUUAAGGUGCUGGUACUGUACUAGUGGGAAGCAGCGAGCUUCAAGUUGACCGAGCUGUUCGUGUACCUAACACUAUAGACUUUCUCAAACCCUCUAUAGUAUAGAGGGUUUGAGAAAGUAAAGAAACUAAGGAGAGAUGGAAAGUGAGGUCUUUAACAACCUCAAAGACCAACGACCAAAAGAUUCGGGACUACCUUGACCCUAAGCAGGACAUCCUGUACCACAACACAAACAGUACACACGAGAAAUGUGACAUCUUUGAGAUUUGUAGACUCCUGUAUCACAAACGAGGUCCUGCUGGUCUGUCACUUUGAUUUAUUUUACGCGGAAAAGCUGUUAGUGCGAAUCAAAGAUUCGUGACCUGUGACCUGUGACCUUUCACGUCUGAGCUGUGCACAAAUUCGUGACGUCCCAGCAAAAAGUAGUCCCAGGUGCGAUUGUGACUACGAAAACUGGAAUUUUUUAAUUCUUUUAUUUAUUUGUGUUCUGUUUAUUUAUUCGUUCCUAUCUUUCGUCGAUCCCUCAUAAGUUUGAAUAAAGAUACUUUGAUUAUGUCGUCAAGGAGGAAGUCAAACAGUUACUUUUCUCACUUGGAGGAAAGCUCUGAACUGUAAAGGUAAACACAGGAUUAGUCAACACUACCCUGUCAUUUUGUUUGUCUAGACAUGUCACAUGACUCAUUUCUAUAAACUGCAUCAUAAUGCACUGUCAAUAGCUCUCUUUAGUUUUCGAUAUAAAUAACAACUGUUGACAUUU